CCUUCUCUCCCUCCUGUCUUGGUCGAGAUGACCAGGUCCCCCGAGCCGCCGAAGAAGAUUGCCUGUACCAACUGCAGCCGCAAGAAGACUCGAUGCGAGAACUCCGCUGACGGUCGGCCCUGCGCGACAUGCACGCAAAAACGGCUCGACUGCAGAUACCCAGACCCAGAUGCCCCGGGCUCGGGUGGUGCGCAGCGCAGGACCUCAUGCGACUCUUGUCACAAGGAGAAGGUGCGCUGCCGGCGCGCCAAGGACGGCGAGGACGACACGAGGUGCAUGAACUGUCGCGAGAAGAACAUCCAAUGUGUCUUCCCCAAUGCUGGAGAGCACGAGGAGCUUCCUGUUGCAGACUCCGAGCAACCCGUAGCGGGGCCGUCUCACAGCCAGGCUGCUUCAUCCGUCCAUCGUGGUCAGUGUUCAUUGCCCGUGUUCCUUCUCUCGUCGACGACUCUGAGCUGCCCCGCACCCUCCUUCAGCAUCUGCCGAGUUGACCGGCGACUCACAGCGCCCAGCGCUGACGGUGGACCCGACUGCCGCAGCCGGUGCCAGUACUUCCGCACCGGUGACGCCAAACACGCGUCCUAACAGCCCCGGCCGCAACAAUUGGAGGGAGGUGUGUUUGGCACCGUCUCCCGAACGUGAGGACUUCGAGGAGAGUUUCGCGGAGGCGUACUUGAACCAGUAAACCAUAUUGCUUCCAAUAUUUGUCUUCUAGUCUUCACCAUGCAUAAUGACUCCCUAAUGUUCGUUGUCCCUCUAAAC